GUGGUUGAGCUGCAGGUUGAGUUCCGAACGCUUGCGGAGGCUGCUUCCGUGGCGGAGACAGCCAUGCCGCUGAAAUGCCAGGGCCUCGACUUGUCCGACUGGGAGGACGAUGACCUCCCCUCGCUGCCGAGCUACUCAGAGAAUAGCCGAAGCCUGGACAUCCUGGCGGGGGCCGGGGAGAGCCGGGAGCGCACCAUGAUGAUCCGGCUGAGGAGGGUGAUCCGUGGCCUUCGCGAAGCAGAGAUCCAGGUGAUCCUUGAUAAGAUGAUCCUGCAAGGGGAGCCGCUGGUGUCUGCUUCGAGCCCGGGUGAUUCUGAUGCCAUCGCGGUGGAGGCUGAGCGGCUUAGCCAGACGCUGCUGAGAGUGGCAGGUUUCCAGGAAGACGACGACGACAACGACACGAAGGAUGUCGGCGGCAAGCGGCUCUGGAGAGCUUUGGUCGAUGGCCGCCAAGGUGCAGGCCGCACUGGUGCUGCUGUCGAUCAGGAUCUUCCGGUGCCCCUCAGCAGUCUCUGGUCGGAGGCGCUGUUGCGGAUCAGUGCCGAGUCGCUGGAGCUCCGAAGAGAGGAGCUCAUGGCCUACGCCGAGAUGUGGUCGACUCGUCUGAUCGAAGCAGAGCACUACAACCAGCUGGACGAGAUCGAUGAGACCAUCGGCUGGGUGAGCCUGCAGAUUGAUCGUCUCAAGGCCAAAGCCCAGCAGAACGUGCUGUUGAAGCGGAUGGAGGCUCAGGACCGGUCGACGCCGCUCCUGUUGGAGCCGCCGUACCGCAAGGACCCCAAAGUGGGACCUUCUCCGCUGACUUUGCGAUGGGUGCGCCUGCAAUCCGCGCUGCUUCUUGCAUCUGUGGGGAAUGAAGAGCCCGGAGAGUUCUGUUUUCUGGUCAGCCUCGGGCAGCUCCCUGCCAUGGUCCAGCGCCUGGGCCUGGCCCUCGCGGUGCCGCUGGUGGCUCUCCUGGCCUCCCGGCUCCCGCGGCGCGCGAGCAUCCCCGAGCAUCUGCUGCGGCACGUGGCCUUCCAGGAAGAUGCCCUCAUCGAUGUUGACAGUGGGCGCUUGCUGAACCAGGUCCUCCGCGAAAUGGCCGCGGACGAGAUGGGCCUUCCAACCAACGUCGCAGCAGAUCUCAAGACGGCCGUGAGGCCAUUGCACCGCCACGUGGGCGAAGCGCGCCCAGUGGAGGCGGACGGGAGCUGCUCGCAUCACCUCUUAGUGCGCGACGGGAACAGCAGCGAGUGCAUCUUGCCUCAGCGGAUCGACGUGGCCAAGCACUACAUUAUGACAGGGGGUCCGGAGGCUAUCCGGGAGCCUUUCGAGGACAUGGUUUCCCGCGUUUCGUCUUUCGGCCGCUACAUGUUCAACCUCACCGAAAUGCCGGUGGUCGAACAGCUCUUUGCCGGGCCCAAGUUCCAGCGUGCAGCGAAGAGUGUCUGCCCCAAAAGCAAACAGGUGCUCGAUCCCUUCCAGUACAACUUUAUCCUGUCCGUUCCGGGGCAGACGGUCGCACUUCAUCUGGAUGCUCCCUGGUUCCUGGGCGCCACACGCUUCCAGUUUCCGCAGUGGUUGCUCGCCGUCAUGGUAUUUUCCAACCUCUUCCAGGACCGCUUCGUGGAUCAGGUUCAGGUCGUCGGCUACUUGCAUGAUCGUCCGGCGUUGGACGACGAUUCAGGAGGGCGAUUCCUCUACUACGACCAGAACUCAGCGACACCCAAGGCGGUGCUCUCUAAGCCGCUCUCCGGUGUGGCGGUCGACGGAAGCAAGACGCUGCACGCUGCCGGCGUCUUUCGUCCAAGCGUCAAAGCCCCGUUGCUAGACAAGGACAAAGACAACGCGCUUUUCUAUGUGGGCGAUGAGAAAUGGCAGCUCCGGAGCAACGGCGAGGUGCUCCAGACUUACAACUCCUCCGACUUACGCAUGACCAUCGUGUACAGGGCAAGGUGCUUCGCUUCGGAGGAGGACCUUCGACCCAAGCAGUGGCGCACGGUGGUGCGGUAG